GCGGCGGGCGGCCGCGGCGGCGUCAGCGCGUCCUCUCUCUGCGUCGUUGCACUCGCCGCGUUCACACAGCGAGCGCUCACACCGAUCACCGAUCAACAAGCCAGUUGGACGCACUAACCAAACAAUUCACCGCGACCGGGGAGCAUCAACCCGGAUGACCUCCGGAGUGACGCGUCUCUCCGGCGGUGACAGAGCGAGGGGAGAAGGCGGCGGCGGCGCCGCUGGAGGAGAUGGACGUUUUUACUACUACUACUAUCUGCAGGUCUCUCUAGCGCAGUCGUAAAACAAGAGCCGGGAGAACAUCAGACAUCAUUAAAGCCAUGCCAGGUGUGACCAAGUACAAUUUAGUAGACGACGUGCACGACUUGAGGAUCCCCAUGCACAACGACGAGGUGUUCAGUCAUGGGGUGUCUUUUGAGGCGAAGUACAUUGGCAGUUUGGAGGUGGGUCGACCCGGCAGUCGAAUGGAGAUAGUCGCCGCAAUGAGGAGAAUCAGAUAUGAAUUCAAGCUGAAGAACAUAAAGAAAAAGAAGGUCAACAUUGUCGUGUCCACUGAUUACGUCAAAGUGAUUUUACGCAAAAAGAAGAAGAGAAAAGGCUGUUCAUGGGACGACAGUACGUUUUUGGUGACGCAGGAUCCCAUCCACAGGAUCUUUUAUGUCUCGCACGACGCCCAAGACCUGAAGAUCUUCAGUUACAUAGCCAGAGAUGGACCGAGCAACGUCUUCCGCUGUAACGUGUUCAAGUCAAAGAGGAAGUCACAGGCCAUGAGGAUUGUGCGGACGGUGGGUCAGGCAUUUGAUGUGUGUCACCAGCUGACCCUGCAGCAGAAAAACGAUGACCAGGAGGACGAGGAGGGGAAGGGUGAGGAGUGUGAGGCGGCACCAGCAAAGAAGAGACUUGCCUUGUCUCAGGAGACUGACCUUGAAGCCACCACAGAGGAGAGCAUUGAGUGCGUCUCUUCAUCAGACCCUGAGAAGAGCAAGAAAGAUGAGGAGCUCAGUCAUGCUGCGAAGGUGUCAGAUGACCCCUCUCUGCUGCUGAGUUCCCCCGUCCUUGGAUCCUCUGUGUCGGUUCAGUUAGCGGCAGAUGCUCCCUGCUCUGCAGAGCAUCAGGUCCAGCUCCUGCAGAAACAACUGCAGCAGCAGGAACAGCAGGCGCUAGCAGCUGCAGCACAGGUUCACGUGCUCCAGGAGCAGCUGUCAGUGGAGGCACGUGCACGGAGCGAAGCCCAGGCCCGAGUGCAGAGGCUGCUGCAGCAGAACACUGACCUGCUGCAACACAUUUCCCUGCUGGUAAAACAGAUCCAGGAGCUGGAGCUCAAAGCCUCUGGCCAGUUAACGUCUAUGGGUUCGCAGGACAGUCUUCUAGAGAUCACGUUCCGUGCCAAGCCUCCUCCGCGUGAAUCCCUCACCCCUUCCUCUUCUUCAGGCCCUUUCGCUGCUCAGUCCCAGGUCCAGAUCAGUGACAGUGCCUGGGUCUCCGCCCUCCCUGGGCCUUGCUCUCCAGACACCAUAGGCUACGACACCAACCAUCUGGGGCUUAGCGGCAGUGGAGUUCGCUUUGAGUGUUUCCGCUUCUCCUCUCGAGGGCCAGACAGCCAGGAGCAGGGCCAGGACAUGGGGGAGACACCCAGUGAUGGAGCCCCAGAUGAUAUCUCACUGCUGGGGGAGCAGGUCCUUGGAGCUCUGGAGCUGCUUCGGUUUAGGGAGUCAGGAAUUGGAUCAGAGUACGAGUCAAACACAGACGAAAGCGAUGAUCGGGACAGCUGGGGACAGGGCGAGGGCCUUGGAGCCGACAGUGCUGCUCGACUCUCAAACGUGCUGAAUGCAGAGAGUCUGUCAGACUGCUUAGGGGAUGAGAUGGCUGUGUAGUGAUGCUCUCAAAGCUGCACUCUGAUGCAAAAUGCCCCCAUCCUAUGGGAAACACGUGAAAUUCAGAACCUGGGGGACUUCUGCACACACAAACCAUGUAUGGAGACAUUAAUAAUGAGUAUCAUUUGAUGGCAUAAAUUAUGGUUGGUAGUGGAAUAGAGUACUUGCUCACCAGUGAUCUAAAUGUUUACUUUUUUCGCUUAGAGAAGAUGUCCCACUAAUAAGAGUCUUGUUAAAGCAGUGGUUCUCAAACUUUUUUCUGCAGGGCCCCCCUUGGGCAGAUAAAACAUUUUCCCACUGCGUCUGUUUUUGAGUGCGAGAAAGAGAGAUGAAUUAUGAGUUUCUAUAGGAGUGAAGGAAUAAAUGAAUGAGUAUACAUGUUAAAUAAAAUCUUCUCCACGUUAUGGCCCAAGGAAGAAAUGAUCAGAUUUUGGUGGCGAUGUGGAUUUAGAAACUGAGCUGUCUUGGUGAAGGUUGCUUUGGUGCUUUCUAUAUUUAUGAAUAAACUUGAAAACCAUUAUUAUCUAAAUAUUAAUUAAAAAAAAACCUCAUCUUCGUCCUCUGUUUUACCAUCAUUUCUGUCACAAACUUGUCCAUGCUUUACCAGCAGUGGGGCAAAUGUCAUUUGUUUGCCCCUGUCCUCACUGCACCACCUUUUAAAACACAGAGCCACUAGGGGGUGCCCCCCAGUUUUGGAACCACUGCAUUAAAGUAAAUAUGAAAAUAGAAUUAUUAAACACAACUACUGUCACAAAAACAACCUUCUGAUAGAAUCUACACUUGUAAGUGAUUCAUUACGAAGCGCAUGUUAAAUAAAUGACUUGUCCCUCGAGGGAGAACUUAUAAGAGACACUGUAAGAUAUGAGGAUUUACUAAAUCCAGCUUAUUGUCUGUCAAACCCUCAGUGUCCAAUGUUUAUCAUGUUCACCGUUGUUACAUGGGUUUAUGUGCUAACAUCUGUCAAGUACUGUAUGCUGCUUGACUUGGACUGAUUAUGUGGUCACAAACUAAAAUGUCAAUUCUGAAGGCAAAUAUACAAAUCCAGUCAAUGACUAAAUCUUAACACAACAGCACUACAUUUACUUUCCAUAUUUGAAAAAAAAAAAAACGAUUUUGCACAAUGCAGUUUAUUCAAACCUGUCUGAUAGAUUAAACACUGUGGUGUUGCAGGUUGUCUUGCUCUUUCUGCUGCUUAUUGAUGUCUGUUACAUACUGUGUGUGUUGAUUGUUGUACUUUUCACAUGCUUGGUGCCAUCGCCACUUGCUG